AUGCCAACAAUUUCCGAACGACGGAACCUCCUUAAUUUUCUCGGCUAUCGCUUGAGUGUGGAGCUGGACGACGGCUCAACGCUCAUUGGCCGCCUUGUCUCUUUGGGGCCAACAUCAAACUUAAUACUGACCGAUGUUGAACGUGUUAGACCACUGAAGCGGCGGCGCGGCAGCUCGAAGACUGAGUGCUACAACUCUGUUUUAUUUGUCCGUGGGAGCAGCGUUGUGUCGGUGCAUCACACAAACAAUAUCACGACGGACCGUAGUGUUGUGGACACGCUCACGGAUCGACAGAUGGAAACGUCCAAAGCCAUUCAGAUGGCCAGUCAGAGCCUUAACGUGCCCUUACGGUAA